AUGCAUGGAAUAACAGAUCAAAUAUUGCAUGCAGUGCUUCAACAUUGGGCCCCCGCACUAAUUCUUAUCACCGUCGCAUGGCUCCUCCGAAAUCGAUAUCACAACGGGCUGCACAAAUAUCCCGGCCCGUUUCUGGCAUCACUCACAGAUUGGUGGCGCUUUGUGGAUGUGUGGAAUCGGCGGCCAGAGAUCACCCAUCUAAAACUUCAUGAGAAGCAUGGGGAUGUGGUACGGCUCGGACCAAACACUCUGUCCUUCGCGGAUCCAGCAGCGCUAAAGGCGAUAUACGGCUUGAACAAGGGCUAUGUCAAGUCCGAUUUCUAUGUAGUGCAACAGGCCGUGGUCAAGGGCCAGUCCCGACCGAGCUUGUUCAGCACCGUGGACAAUGACUUCCACCAGCAAUUCCGACGCUGUGUUAACUCAGCCUUCGCAAUGUCAGCCCUUGUGCAGUAUGAGCCAUUCGUUGACAACACCACGAAGCUAUUCCUCAAGCAGACAGAGCGGCUGUUUGCGGACAGAUCGGAAGGGUGUGACCUCACCCGAUGGCUUCAGUUCUACGCGUUCGAUGUCAUUGGCGAGAUCACCUACAGCAAGCGCCAUGGAUUUGUAGAGAAGAACGAGGACAUCGACGGUAUAGUCUCAUACCUCACCCAGCUGUUCAACUAUGUGGCUCCUGUCGGACAAAUGCCCCUGCUCGACCGCCUCUUCCUGAAGAACCCCAUCUACCUCAAGCUCGGUGAGUGGGGCCUCAUUGACGCGACCUUCCCCGUCGCCAAGUUCGCUCGCGCGCGCAUGGCCGAACGCCUGCCCGACCUCAACAGCGAGAAGGGCAACAUCCUGCCCACGUCGGACAAGAAGAAGCCGACGCUCGAUCUGCUGUCCAAGUUCCUCGCCGCCCAGGAGACCCGCCCGGAGUUCAUGACGGACGGGCUCGUGCAGACCAUGGCGGUCUCGAUGGCCUUCGCCGGCUCCGAGACCACGGCCAUCAGCCUCGGCGCCGUCUUCUACUACCUGCUGCGCACUCCGGGCGCGAUGGCGAGGCUGCGAUCCGAACUGGACGAGGCGGGCCGAAAAGGCAUCUUCCACGACAACGAGACGGGCCUCGUCACCUGGUCCGAGUCGCAGAAACUCCCGUAUCUGGAUGCGUGCAUCAAGGAGGCCUUCCGCGUCCACCCGGCCCCCGGCCUACCCAUGGAGCGCAUCGUCCCGCCGCAGGGCGCAGAGAUCGCCGGCCGCUUCAUCCCCGGCGGCACGAUCGUGGGCUGCUCCGCGUGGGUGUUCCACCGCAACAAGAGCAUCUUCGGCGAGGACGCGGACGUCUUCAGGCCGGAGAGGUGGCUUGUGGAUGAGUCCCUGGACAGGGAGAAGGAGGAGGCCAGGAUCAAGGAGAUGACGGGGACGAUGCUACAAUUUGGCAUGGGCAGUCGGACUUGUAUCGGGAAGAACAUCAGCCUCCUGGAGAUCUACAAACUGGUGCCGAGCUUGCUGCGGGCUUUCGAUAUCGACUUCCAAGACCCAUCCAAGGAUUGGAAGAUCACAAAUUCUUGGUUCGUUAAGCAGUCAGACUUUUGGACGACUUUCUCACCAAGGACCAUACCUCAGCCGGAGGCGGAAGUUGUGACGGAGAAGGGGGAUGGAGUAGCCGUGAUUUAA